AACCAGUGUUUCCGGAUAAAGCCGAAUGUAGCCGAAAAGUCAUGAAGGUUGGACAUGGACGGAGUGAAGCGGGUGCAUUUGGCGAAAAUCAGCAGACGUGUAUUGUGAGCGCGUCCUGCUGUUGCGAUCUCCUCAGUCCUCGGCCGAGCGCAAGAUAUGCCUCACUUUCCGGGCAGUGCGUUUCCCAUCUUCGUCCCAGUUUAUUACAAAUCAUCAGAGCAAGCGUGCCCUAACUGAAAGAAUUCCGAGGCUUUGUAAUUUAGGCUACAGGAAAUCCCAGCUCGACCUUUUCUUUUUUUUAAGGGGAAAUGACCAGAGAACGCUGGAACAAGGUGCCCUGUCAUUACUACAUGAGCGAUUAAGAGUAGAGUAGAAUCAGGAUCUACAGAAGAAGUACCAACUGUCAAAACAUGGACCUUAAAUUGAGAAGGCUGUCAGUUCUUCAUUUCCUACUGCUGGCCAGGUUGUUUCUGCCCUCUGGCACAGUGAGUAUACCCAUCUUCAUCGUGUCCCCAGAUGAUCAGACAGGGAUUUCUGGAGGAGUGGCAUCAUUCACUUGUCAGGCUACGGGUGACCCUAAACCUCUCAUUAGCUGGAUGAAAAAGGGGAAGAAAGUCAAUUCUCAGCACUUUGAGGUUAAAGAGUUUGAUGACAAGUCAGGCUCAGUGCUACGUAUCCAGCCUUUGAGAGCCAACCGUGAUGAGGCCAUCUAUGAAUGCACAGCCACCAACAGUGCUGGAGAGAUCUCUGCAUGUGGCAAACUUGUUGUUUUAGAGGAGGACCAGAUACCUGCUGGUUUCCCUAACAUAGAAAUGGGACCCCAGCUGAAGGUUGUGGAGCGAACAAAUACAGCUACAAUGCUGUGUGCAGCCAGUGGAAACCCAGACCCUGAGAUUUUCUGGUUCAAAGAUAUGUUGCCUGUGGACUUCGGCAAUAGCAAUGGGCGGAUAAAACAGCUGCGUUCAGGUGGUACACCAAUAAGAGGAGCGCUUCAAAUUGAAAAUAGUGAUGAGUCUGACCAGGGAAAGUUUGAGUGUGUAGCUGUCAACAGCGCUGGUACUCGCUUUUCUAGCCCUGCUAACCUUUAUGUCCGAGUCCGGCGUGUGCCUCCUCGUUUCUCCAUCCCACCCACUAAUUGUGAGGUGAUGCCUGCUGGCAGUGUUAACCUCACCUGUGUGGCAGUGGGUUCUCCAAUGCCUUCGGUCAAGUGGAUGAGUGGUGAAGUGGAGCUGACCCUGGAGGAUGAGCAAUCCCUUGGCCGUAAUAUCCUCCAGCUUACCAACAUUCAACAAUCUGCAAACUAUACCUGUGUUGCCAUCUCAACUCUGGGCACGAUUGAGACCACAGCUCAAGUCUUUGUUAAAGCUCUUCCGAAGAAGCCCACCUUUCUAAAGGUGGCAGAAACCACAGCCACCAGUGUUACUCUAACCUGGGAGUCCGGGAACACUGAGCCGGUGUCUUACUAUUUGGUUCAGUAUCGUUCCAAACCCCCUGACAACGGUUUUCAGGAGAUCGAUGAUGUAGCAUCAACUAGCUACAGCAUUAGCGGUCUUAGUCCCUUCUCUGAAUACGAGUUCCGUGUCCUUGCUUCUAAUAGCAUUGGCCGGGGGCCUCCAAGCAGUAUUGUGGAAAUCCGUACAGGUGAGCAGGCACCAUCAUCACCACCUCUUCAUGUACGGGCACGUCUGCUGAGCUCCACCACCAUACUGGUGGAAUGGGAACCUCCUGAGGAGUCAAAUGGUAAACUACAGGGCUAUCGGAUCUACUACAGCUCUGAGCCUAAUGACCCACUCAGCUCAUGGCAGACUCACAACAUCAACGACAGCAAGUUUACUUCCAUCACAGGUCUGAUGCCUAACAUCACUUACAGCCUAAGGAUGCUUGGCUUCACAUCUAUGGGAGAUGGGCCAUUGUCUGAUGUUCUGCAGAUAAAAACCCAGCAGGGAGUGUUUAUCAAAAACUUUGGUGUGAAGGCUGUAAUGAAAACCUCUGUCCUUCUGACUUGGGAAGUACCAAAAGCAUACAAAUCUGAAAUUCAACUCAAGAUUCUGUACAACCACCAAAAUGUGGAGGUUCAUGGUAUCCUGAAGAAGAAGCUGAUUACACAGUUACAGCCAGAUACAUAUUAUACUUUCAUGCUCAUGAGCCAUGGGACUGGUGCUGGUGGCCUCCAGCAGCAGGUUUCGAUUCGAACAGCUCCAAACCUGCUGUCAGUGAAACCAACUCAAUAUCAGCACUAUGUGGAUGAAGACAGGGUGGCUAUUAAUCUGCCUGAGGUCCCAACUGAAGCCUAUGUAAGGUGGUACUACAUAGCUGUUGUUCCUGAAAUCCUUGUUUCUUUGAAGGGAUGGGGAAACCCUGAGGACAUAGACAUAUAUGAGAUCCUGGAGGCUGGUACUGACAGCACAGUGCAGAUGGAGAGUCAGGAUUUGCGCCAACUCUUCAUUGCUGCUAAGAUUGAUGUUCUGCCAAAGCUUUUCAUUCUAGGCGACAAUAAGAAGUACAAUGGCUACUAUAACAGGCCUCUUCCCAUCCUGCAGCAGCUCCGCUGCUUUGUUUUGGCUGACCUGAAAGAUCAGGAAUCUCAGAGGACGUUUGCUGCCAGUCCAUUCUCUGACACCUUCGUGGUGAAUCUCAGUGGAGUCAUCAGGCAUCCGCAGGAGAACCCGGAGAUGUUGUGGGUCAUGGGUCCUGUGCUGGCUGUCAUUAUCAUCAUUGUCAUAGUGAUUGCUAUUUUACUCUUUAAAAGGAAACACACUUCUUCAGCCAAGGAUGGACACAUGUUAGAGAUGAAAGAUUCCCUCAUGGCCUGCAUCGCUGAUCCUGUGGAGAUGAGGAGACUGAAAUUCCAGACGAUAGGGAUGAGGGAACAUCCUCCUAUAUCUAUUGGUGACUUGGCGGACCAUGUAGAGAGACUCAAAGCUAAUGAUGAUCUACUUUUUUUACAGGAAUUUCAGAAUAUUGAUCCAGGGCAGCAACUCACCUGGGAGCAUUCUAACCUGGAGAUCAACAAACCUAAGAACCGCUAUGCAAAUGUUAUUGCUUAUGAUCACUCCAGGGUCAUUCUCACGCUGGUCGAUGGAGUUCCAGGGAGCAACUAUAUCAACGCCAACUAUAUUGAUGGCUAUAGAAAACAGAAUGCCUAUAUUGCCACACAAGGGCCACUGCAAGAGACAAUUUGUGAUUUCUGGAGGAUGGUGUGGGAGCAGAGGACCUGCACCAUUGUUAUGAUGACUCAUCUGGAGAAGAACUCAAGGAUUAAGUGUGACCAGUAUUGGCCAAGUCGUGGUACUGAGACAUAUGGAACGAUUCGGGUGACCAUACUGGACACUUUGGAGGUGGCAACUUAUGUAACACGGGUAUUCAACCUUUACCAGAAUGGCUCAUGUGAGAAACGACAUGUUCACCAGUUCCAGUUUCUAGCCUGGCCUGAUCAUGGAGUGCCUGAGCAUCCUACCACAGCACUGGCCUUUCUUCGUAGAGUUAGGGCAUGUAAUUCGCCAGAUGCUGGGCCUAUUGUGGUUCACUGCAGUGCUGGUGUGGGGCGCACAGGCUGCUUUAUUGCCAUUGAUGCUAUGCUCGAGAGGAUGAAAUAUGAAAAGUCUGUGGACAUAUAUGGUCAUGUCACAUGCAUGCGAGCACAGAGAAACUACAUGGUGGAAACAGAGGUACAGUACAUAUUUAUACAUGAAGCCCUGCUGGAAGCUGCAAGAUGUGGAAAAACAGAAGUCCCUGCUCGCAGCCUGUAUGCCCACAUCCAGAAACUCACCCAUUUUGCUCCAGGAGAGAUUGUUACUGCCAUGGAACAGGAGUUUAAGAAAUUGGCUGUGAAUGGAAGCCUUAAAGCAUCCACCUGGAGAAGUAUCAGUGCUAAACUGCCAUGCAACACAUCUAAGAACCGCCUGGGGAACAUUAUACCCUUCGAAUCCAACCGUGUCUGCCUGCAGCCGAUUAGAGGGAAAGAGGGCUCUGAUUAUAUUAAUGCCAGUUUCAUUGAUGGAUACAGGCACCGGAAAGCGUACAUUGCUACUCAGGGGCCAUUGGCUAAAACUACAGAGGACUUGUGGAGAAUGUUGUGGGAACACAACUCUACCAUUGUAAUCAUGCUCACCAAACUGCACGAGAUGGGACGGGAAAAGUGUCAUCAGUACUGGCCUUCUGAGUGUUCUGCACGUUACCAGUACUUUGUUGUUGAUCCAGUGGCUGAGUACAACAUGCCCCAGUACAUCCUCAGAGAAUUUAAAGUCACAGAUACCAGGGAUGGUCAGUCAAGGACCAUCAGGCAGUUUCAGUACACAGACUGGCCAGAGCAAGGAGUGCCCAAAACUGGAGAGGCUUUCAUCGACUUUGUUGAUCAAGUCCAUAAAACUAAAGACCAGUUUGGACAGGAUGGACCAAUCACUGUACAUUGCAGUGCUGGGGUUGGACGGACUGGAAUAUUCAUCACUCUGAGUAUCGUGUUGGAGAGGAUGAGGUACGAAGGCGUGGUUGACAUCUUUCACACAGUCAAGAUUCUCCGAACUCAAAGGCCAUCUAUGGUUCAGACAGAGGAGCAGUACCACAUGUGCUACCUGGCAGCAAUGGAGUACCUAGGAAGCUGUGAUGUUUAUGCAAUGUAACCCUACCUAUAAACACACUCAGUAGAAGGUUGGAGCCAAAGCCAAACCAAACAAUUGGUCUCUGUAGCUUGAUAAGGAAGGGGUGAGGACAUAACCACUGCAGGAGAAAGAAGAUCAUCACUUGUCAUGGACUGGUGCUGGAAAGCCAUUGUAUCAAUGCCUUCCCUAAGACAACCCUGAAUCCCUGAAUGUGUAUAUAUAUAUAAUAUGAUAGAUAUCUUACACUAAACAGAAAGAAUCCUUGACAUCAUGCCAUGCACAGGAUCCAGUGCACUGCGCAACCCAGUGCACCACGCUUAAGACAGAAGCAAGUGUCUCAGACUUAUCCUUAAUUGCAGCCCUGGAGAAAGCAACUGCCAAGGGCUGUUUCGACAUUUAUGACAGCUUUGGCCCGCUGGGAAAGGCAACAGGCUGGGGUGGGUUUGCUUGUCGCCCCCCAGCUCAGCCGUCUUGUGUUGGGGUUUAUUCCGGUAGAUGAGACGGUUGCAUCUCUGCUCCUUCGGGUCAGGGAGAGGUCUCUGACAGUUGUUUUGGCCUACGGGCCGAGCAGUGGUGCAAAGUACCGGGCCUACUUGGCGUCCCUGUCGAGGGUGCAGGACAGUGCCCCUCUCGAGGACUCCAUCAUUCUGCUGGGGGACUACAACACCCAUGUGGAAAAUGAUAGUGACACCUGAAGGGGUGUCAUUGGCAGGCCCAAUCGUUGAGUGACGGUCUGCUGGGAACAUCUGGCAGAGCCCUCGACUAGGAGUGUAUUCAACUCCCACCUCCAGGAGAGCUUUGACCAGAUUUGGGAAGAGUUUGGACACAUAGAGUGGACUAUGUUCUCCACCUCUAUUGUCGAUGCUGCUGCGGCGGCAAUCCCCAAACCCGGUGGUGGACACCGGCAGGAAAGGAUUACCAUCAAACUGAAGAAUUUCUAUUGGCUCAACUCAAGACUUGCAUGCCUUGACUUCCAACUUGUUUUAAUUGUACUAACCCAAUAUUGGAUAAACAAAUUAUACUAGUGGGGAAUCUUAGAAUAGUUUGAAUCAUAAUAUUGUUUUAUCUCUUACAAUGUUAACAGCUGUUGUGCAAAUAGUUUCAACCAGAAGGACUUUUGAAAGGAACAAAGACAAACUGUUUAUGCUACUUUUCAUCCAUUGGACAGCAUCUGUUUCCUUAUAUUUUUGUCUUGAAACAUUGUGGGAGGAUGCAACAAUUAAUCCAGAAUAACUUUAUGUAUUUUCUGUUUAAUUUCAUGACCAAAAUCAACUCUGCAGCUGUACAGUUAUGAACACACAUCUGUAACUGAGCAAGUUACUUCUGUCCACUGUGGUAUCAGCAACUAGGGAUAGUUCAUUUGGACUUGAAAAUUGAAAAUAUUUUGUGGUAUUUAUUUGCAAUAAUGACAUCUAGUCAGACCUCUGCAAACACAACAACUUGUCCUAAAAAUAAAUCUACUCAUCAUCAAAUAAGCAACUUCAUUUCAGCACAUUAAGUAGAGAAAUUGUUCUACUAAACAGCACGCAAUAAUUGUAUUCCAUCACCUCAGAGGGAAUAUUUUUUCCAUGAACAUGUGUAGUUCAUUAGCAUCGCCUAUUAGGUAAAUAGUAUGUGUCAGUGUUGUAUUGUCACAUUUGUAUGGUGCGGUAUCAGUGCCAAAAUUAAGACUAUUGCGCACCCAGUGGUGGCUACUUCCUUGUUGCCUCCAAGGAACUUUACAACAGUCAAGACAUUUACUGUGUCUUUAAUUGGGAUAUUGGAAAUUGAACGAAGCCCACAUUUCUUAACAGCCAUUAGUUCACACUUGUUCACAUUUAGGUAAAGACCAGAAGCGUCAGAAAAUACUUUAAUUACUUCAAGUGCCAGAGGGACUUCAAAAGAAUUCUUUAAGAAGAUUAUUGUAUCAUCAGCCAAUUGACUGAUGAUGAUUCCUCUGUCCAGAGUUGACAUUCCUUCCAACUGGCUAUUUCUAAUAAGAUUAUCUAAUAGUUGAGUUGACAACAAGAAUAAAUAAGGGGAAAUGGGACACCCCUAUUGUUUUCCACAUUUUACAUCAAAUCUUGGUGAUGUUCCAUUCUUUAGUUUCAUUUAGCUAUUUCCAUUAUUAUAUAAAGUUUUAAUUACACUGCAGAAAAAGUUACCAAAGCCCAAUAUGUUAUGGUUUUAAAGAUAAAUUUGUGUUCAAUUGAAUCAAUUGCUCCAGGAAAAGGAUAAAAUGUUCAAUAUUGAUCAAAUCUGGGUAGUCUAAUAUGUCAUUCACAAGCCUAAUGUGUCUAUUUCUUAAAAAGCCUCAUUGUGUUUCCUCAAUGACGUUAUUCAAAACUAAUUUUAAUCGCUUAGUAAUUAGAAUGUGGCUAGGAUUUUUUAAUCAUUAUUUAGUAGACCAAUGGGACACCAAUUGUCAAUAAAUAACAAGUCCUUCUUUGGAUUAGGGAUGAGAGUAAUCAACCCUUGAGUUAAAGUGGGAAGGAGGGUACCCUUAAUUAUACUUUCAUUAUUUACUCCCAAUAAGAAGGAAGCUAGUUCUUUGGAGAAUAAUUUAUAAAAUUAUAAUAGCAAGCCAUCUGUUCCAGGUGAUUUAUUGUUCUUCAGGCUCUCAGCUGAAUCUAGUACUUCUUUUAAAGUGAUGGGGCGAUUGCCAAAUCCUCGGUUAUCUGCACUGACUUGCUUAGUGUCUGUCAAAUAUUUUAGAAACUUGUUAGCAUUAUUAUCCCAGUAUUUGGAGCAGUACAAAUCUUUAUAAAAGCUGGAGCAGAGAUUGGCAAGCUGGUUGCAUCGUUUAGCACAGCAUUAUCUAUAAGGAGUUGACAUUUUUCCAAUUUAAAGAAAUAGGCAGAGUUUUGCGCACCCUCCUCUAUCCACUGCCUUGGAUCUGAUAGAUCUAAUAUAGACAACAUCAACUUGAUAAAGUUUAUCUAAUUUGGUUUGGUACUGAGAUAGUUUGUCUCUCUCUGCAGUUGACAUUUUAUCAGGAGAAAUAGAGGAGAUGGCAGGUAUCUAAGAAAUCACGCUUGCUUUAUCAGAUCGUUUUUGCUUUGCAAGAUCGCUGCAAUAUUUCCUAAAACAAUUGCCUAGUUAAAACUUUAGCAAUUAUAUACUUCUUCAGCCGUAGCCUCAUUCCAUAACAUUUGUAUCAACUUCUUGACCUUAAGUCUGACUGUCUCAUGAGAUAAAAUAGAACUAUUUUUAUAAGUGUCCAGUAUGAAAUAUGUGGACGACUGGAGGAUGGGAUCAAAGAAAUGUUGAUUUGAAUUGCUUUGUGAUCAGUCAAAGAAUUUCAACAUUUGUGCUAUCUUUUAGAUUACUUGAAAUUAGCCAAAAAUAUAUUCUAGAUUGUCUAGAUCUUGAUUAUUGCUCCAAGUAAAACUUUGGACAGAGCGGUUAUUUUUCUCUCCAGAUGUCUACCACGUCAAAUUUUUGUAUGAUUAUUUUUAAAUUUGCAUUGGCACUAGUGCGAAUUCCUGCUGGCCAACUAUCUAUUGUAUCGUCCAAAGUUAUAUUAAAAUCCCCCCCCCAAAGACCAGGUAAGCAUCAGAAAAUUUGGCCAGCCAGUAUUGAAUCUUGUUUUCUACCUCAUUAAGCAAAUUAUUACCAUCAUGCAUUGUGUUGUAGCCAUGAAAGUUAACAGUUAUAAAAUGAACAUUAUGAACAUGAAGAACUUGACAAAUAUAAUGAUCAUUCCUGUCGCUUUCUGUGUGUAAAACAGUACCUGUAAAAAUAUUUUUAAAUGUGCAAACCCCA